UACCCUCAUUAAUAAUUCCUUUCGAAACAGAUCUCUUAUUAUUCUAACACAUCUUAGAGUGAAGGAAUCUACACUACCAGUGAAUCUACUGGUCUCAUUUUCAAAUCAACGCUUACAAGAGACGAUAAUUUGCAUUAUGAAUUAUUCUAUAGCAUGCAGAACAUUAAAAAAAUAGCAGUCUGUGAUCAAUGCCAACACAUUUUCACUCUGAACACAACAACUAGUUGAAAGCUGAUAGCAGACGACGUCGGUGAAAUUGAAACGAAAACCCGAUUCUAGCUGACUGCACUAACAUUCGACGACCUUUCCACUCACAUGAUGGGAAAUAAAGUGCCUUAUCAGAAACUCGACAUGGCCGCAAAUGAUGACGUCAUUCCUCCGGUCGAUCCCGAGAAAGGAGCCGAGAUCUUCCGAGAGCACUGCGCCGGUUGCCAUGACAUUGACAAGAGCGGGGAGCACAGGGCGGGGCCUAACUUGAUGGGGGUAUGGGGAAGAGAGGCGAAUACGAUAGAGGGUUUCGCCUUUGUGGAAUCUGACGAGAAGAAAGGGGUCAUUUGGGGAGACAAGACCAUUUACGAUUUUCUGGAGAAGCCUCACAUUCCUGGAACCAAGUUUAUUUUCCGCGAACUCAGAGGGAAAGCAGAGGAGAAGGCCAACCUUGUCGCUUAUCUCAAGAAAACGACGGACCCAAGAAUUCAUGAUCGAGUGAAACUUGCUUUCUUGCUCACGUUGGACGGAAAAAUUGCCAUGGUAACAGGGCGUCACCAUUUGGAAUUGCACUAUUGUCAUUAUCAAAGCAUACUUUGAAAUGUAAUAGUUUUUGUACUGCAUGGUUUGUACUAAAUGGUUUUCAUUAUAUUUAGGAAAUGCAGUAAACAAGCUCUAUAUACAGCACAGUUGUAAAGGCUUUCGAGAAAUCAGCUAAAAGGCAACUCCAUUCCAUCUUUUAUGUGACCCAUAGAAAAAAUGUUUGGAUUAUGUUGUAUAUCAUUGCAAUGAUUGCUUCAAAUAUUUAAAAAUGUAAUAGACAAGGCUGAUGAAAUUUCUAUACUAGGUUGAAUUGAAGAAAGGCUCAAGUUUGUGAUUACAAAUUCCAGUAAAACUAUUAACAUCAUAAUUAUUGUAAAUGUUGUUCUUUUCUAUCAAGAUUCAAACUGACAAAACGGUUUGAAAGCUACAGGCAUGAUCAAAGAACUGUAAUAAUUUUAACCAACUAAUUUAAGAUCAACUUCCAUCCAAACUACAAGAUUUUGAUGGAGGAAAGUUAAUCAAUUAACAAGAAUCUAACUAAUUUUUUCAAAUAUGAUUAAUAUAAAUGUUAUUUAAAUAUUGUAUAAACGAUGAGCUGGACCAAACAAAUCGUUGUUGAUAUAUUACGACAUGUACAUGUAGAUGUCUAUUUAGAUUUAGGGUGUAUAAAAGAAUCAUGAAUUCCGUUCUUUGUCGGUCCAAAGACCAGAUUAAAAAAAAUUGUCAUUAUGAUGUAAAUUUAUUUAAUGUGUGAUGAAUCAGGUUAUUGUUUGUUGUUGUUUUAUUUUUUAUUGGCGUGUUUCAUUCAUUUAUGAAUAUUUACACCGUAUGAGUACACUUUGUAGCCUUUUUCUUUUCUUCUAAUUUUAUUCCAAAAUAUAGAUGGCAUGCACAGUAUCAUUAAUCUUUAUUGACAUACAAAGCUGUUUAUGAUGCUAAACAUCAAUACAUUGUGUAUUUUUUAUAAUGUUGUUUACUUUGUAAGCAAAUGUGUACAGAAGAAAAAUAAAAGGCUUGUCUUGAAUCACUAAGAAUUAGAAA